AAUUGUUUGCAAAAUGUGUGAAGGCAAUUGUUAUAAAAGACAAAAUUAAAACUUUGCAAAGUCAUUACCUUACAAGUAAGCGGAAAGUAAAGAAGGCAACAACAUGCAAGCUGCAACUUUAGCAAUUUUCGCUUUGGCACUCAUUGGCAACACAGUAGCUGGACCGCCCACCUCAGUUGCCAGAGCUAAGGCUGACAAUGUUAUACUCAACCUGCUCGCCGAAUCCAAUUUGUUAGGUUCCUCAGCUGAUCCUGCAAUCACUACCGAAUGCUUCAACCAUUUUAUGCCAAUCUUAAAUCAAAUUUCCACCAACUUCUCGUUGCAAUAUGAGCAAUGUGUUAGCGUGGCCACACAAGCAACAGCGAAUCUCACUACCUCAGCUGCGCAGGGUCGUGCGACUUUCGUGAAUGUGACCGCUGCUAUUUGCAGUGCUUUCACUUCCUGCAACAGUGACACCGACAACUUGGACUUCUUCAACUGUUAUGCCGCAGCCGCUUCUGCUGAUGUCAAUGAGAUCUAUAAUCUGUCGGCUGACGCUUCGAAUGCUGCCAUUUCUCUUAAAGGUGGAUUGCAACAAAUCAAGGAUACUGAGAAAAUCUGCACUAACAACGCUCAACUCACAUAUACUGAGCAGACCGCUGAGACUUACAAGGAACUGAAUGCUUGUUUUGUCAAUGGCUUGCCAGCCGUUAGUACCGUUGCUGCUAAUUAAACCAGUACAUAGGUUUUUCUCACAGAAUUAUUUAAAGCAUAAUACUUUACAUGUGGCACAAAGAUAAAAAAUAUACAUUUUCUAAAUUUGUUGUUAAUAUAUUUAUACACACGCAUACAUAUAUGUAUGUAUAGAGCAACUUAUAAUAAAAUCCAAAUAUUUAUUGGCAAAUACA